AAGCACUUUGCCCCGAACAUUGGAGAGCAGAGAAAGCUUCUGCUGAGUCCAAGAUGGGGAAAAGGCGCUUCUCAGGUUUGGAGGUGACCCUAAUUGUCAUGUUCACAUUGAUGUCCGUGGCAGCCCUCGCUCUCAUAGUUCUGUUUGUCACCGGAGAACCUGGAAUCAUCAAAGAUGAAACUACUGAAGUAUUCGUUCCCCAGUGUCCCAGCAUUUCUUUGGCUGAAAGAGUAGACUGUUUCCCGGAUGCUGGAGCCUCAAAGCUGCAAUGUGAGCAGCGUGGAUGUUGCUGGAGCCCACUGGACGAAAGAAAUGUUCCCUGGUGUUUCUUCUCAACCAACCACGGAUACAUAGUGGAAUCAGUGGAGCGACCAAAUCCUUACUUAAUAACAGCCCAACUGAAGAGAAUGACAUCUCCUUCUUUAUUUGGGGCUGAUAUACAAGAGUUGUCAUUUCACGCAGAAAUGCAGUCCAGCAAUCGACUUCGAUUUAAGAUCUAUGAUGCCCACAGGAAGAGGUUUGAAGUCCCCCAUGAGCACAUCAGCAGCCUCAACAGUGACCCCUCCAGCCCCAUCAUCAACACACUGGAGAUGACAGACAACCCCUUUGGCCUUAUUGUGCGCAGGAAGGAGAACAACAAAGUCCUGUUUGACACUACAUUGGCUCCACUUGCGUUUGCAGACCAGUACCUACAUCUGUUUAACACUACAAUGGCUCCACUGGUGUUUGCAGACCAGUACCUACAGCUGUCUGCUAAGCUUCCAUCCCAUAAUAUAUAUGGCCUGGGAGAGCAUGUGCACAGACAAUAUCGUCAUGACACAAACUGGAAGACUUGGCCCAUCUUCACCAGAGAUGGUUUUCCUAAUGGGGGCUUCUUAUUAAAGGCGUAUAAGAUGAAGCACAGAAGUCACCUCCUCAGCUUCAAUAAGUCUCCCACGUUCCUCCAGUGCCUCACACCUGUUCCCUUCAUCCCCUCAUCCUUUUGUCUUCCUACCUUCCCGCAGGAAACACAUAACCUCUAG